AUUCUCACUCCAUUCUCUUUUCACUUCCCUUCCUUUUUUAGAUCGACCGAAAAGAAGAGCUUUCUUUCCUGCAAACGGGGAUUCCGAUCGUCACCUCGCGCCGGCGGUGGUGCGGUGAUCGAAGGGUUAGUGAGAGCCGAGCGUUUUGGUCGACGGAAUUCCGCUGAUCAUGUGGGGCAACAGGGAGAAUUUCCCGGCAAGGGGCUACUUCACGCCGCAGCCACCGAAGCGGGCUGUGCGGCCACUGGUUUCUCCGGUGCUGAUGUCGGAGAGGAAGCGGGCGUCGCCGCCGGAUCUCUUCCAUAUCAUUCACAAAGUGCCUGCCGGCGACUCUCCCUACGUCAAGGCCAAGAGGGUCCAAUUAAUAGACAAGGAUCCGAGUAAGGCCAUCUCUCUGUUCUGGGCCGCUAUAAAUGCGGGGGACCGAGUCGACAGCGCGCUGAAGGACAUGGCGAUCGUGAUGAAACAGCUGAACCGGUCGGACGAGGCGAUCGAGGCCAUCAAGUCUUUCCGCCACCUCUGCCCCUUUGAUUCUCAGGAAUCUCUUGACAACGUGCUGAUCGAACUCUACAAGAGGUCUGGACGGAUCGAAGAAGAGAUCGAAAUGCUUCAGCAUAAACUGCGGCUCAUCGAAGAAGGGAAGGGGUUCGUUGCGAACCGAACGAAGACGGCGAGGUCACAAGGGAAGAAAAUCCAAGUAACGAGGGAGCAAGAGAGAUCGAGGAUAAUGGGGAACCUGGCCUGGGCUCACUUGCAGCUGAGCAAUUACGAGAUCGCUGAAGGACUUUACCGGGAAGCCUUGUCACUGGAGCCAGACAAGAAUAAGCAGUGCAACUUGGCGAUCUGUCUGAUGAACAUGAACAAACUAGCCGACGCGAAAGCGGUACUGGAUGCAGUCAGAGGUCCGUGCGGCGAUGGUGACAUGGAUGAAUCUUAUGCUAAGUCUUUCGAUCGCGCCCUUCAGAUGCUGAAUGAGAUCAAAUCGCGGCCAAUUAAGCAGAACGAAGUCGAUCAUAAGGAGAUCCAGAAUUCGAGGGAGAGCACUUGCUUUACUGAACAGGUUAUCAACCGUGGAGCUCGGCCACUCGCCUCUACAACCACUGCAAAUGGACAUGGAGAAGAAACAUGGAUCUUAAACGAGAGAAACGGCAUGCUCUCCCGGGCCGAAGCUUGGUCAUCUUCAGAAAACAUAUUCGGCGAUAAUUGGAGGGAAGUUUCCAACUUUGGAACUCCGCUGAGAUAUGUCUUGCCGGGAAAUCUCCAUGCCAAGGAGAACUGUCUUGAGACAAGUAAGGCGGGUUGGAGUUCCUCGAGCAGGAGUGCAUACGCUUCGCCGGCUUCUGUCAAGAGAAAUAUCGAAUUUUCUCCCGGCGAAUCGAGGAGGCAUACGUGUAGGAGCUUGUAUGCUUCCCCAGCUUCAUGUCGAGAUUCAGAAUACAAGUCGAAGGCUACUUCAACUGGAGAGACAAAACUCGUCGGAAAUGGUUCCGUGGCAAUGGCCAAGCCGAAGAAUUAUGAUGAAAAUAUGAUUCGCAGCAAGGGAGAUCCUGCAAAAUUGGUCGAAACUUCAACUGACGACAUAAAAGAUUCCGGUGUUGCAGGGGAGAGUUUUUGGGUAGACAAGCAUAAGAAGAGCUGGGCUGACAUGGCUGAGGAGGAAGAGGAACAAGAACCGACUGAUCCUCCUGUGCAGCACCUGUGGAAUGACUCGCCGCAGAAACCUCCUCCUUUCCGAACUCCGACAAGGAGCUUUCGCAGUGAGGAAUUUAAUGAUGAGAAUCUAGACAUCAACAUUGGAGGUCAUGAACGGACUCUGACGGAGAAUUUAAGCCGAACUUUGACAUUUUCCGAUCUAGGAUGCGGCUCCAAGUCGCAAACGAUGGAUACUCCAUCGAGGACCUCGGGCCGCUCGGCAGUUCGACGCUCCUUGAACUUCAACCAGAUCCCGAAACAGGAACUAGACUCGGUCAUGCUACUAGAGUCCGAUAAGGCGGGCGGCUGCGGCGCUCCUGAAGAUGCCGUGCCGGUCAAGAAAGCUGGACAACCGCCGAGGAGAAAGAGGCUGCAGGUCUUUCAGGACAUCACACGCCUUCCUCCGCACACCGCAUGAACUGCAUAUCCGAGAGAAUUCGAUCUGCCCUGGUCUUCUUCUUCUUCCUCGUUAGAGUGGUGGUUUGUGUUCAGUCGGGCCUUCCGGUGUUCGUUCUCACCUUCGUUCAUCUUCGCUUGUUCGCCUUUCUCGCUCGAUUCUCAGGAUUUGUCUGGUUUCUGCAUGAUUGCUUCCCUUCCAAGACUUCAAGGUAGGACGGUCAUCGUUGAGCUGAAUCGUUCAAUCCAAUAGAUGAUCAUUUGUAAAAUAGAAAAAAUUGUUGAUAAUCUACUAUGAAUUUCAAAGUGGUGAAAUGAAUGUUCCGAUGGUAAGUCACUGAUGAUUAAAUA